AUGGAGUUCUUACGCUGUGUCUCGCGAUUGAGACUUCCGAGGACAUAUCUGGCAAGGAGGUCUUUGGCCUUGCGUUCCUUGCGCCAUGUGCGGUUUAACUCAUCCAAGCCUUCCCUUCCGACGGGCAUUGUGCUUCGCGACUACCAGGAAGAAGCUAUACAAUCCGUUUUGAAGUACUUGGGUGAAGGCCAUCGGCGCCUGGGGAUAUCACUUGCAACAGGAGCUGGAAAGACAGUCAUCUUCACACAGCUCAUCGACCGAAUCCCUCCGCCAGAUGCGAAAGCCACCAAAACCAUGAUCAUUGUUCAUCGACGAGAGUUAGUUGAACAAGCCGCCAAACACUGUCGUCUUGCAUACCCAGACAAAAUGGUUGAAAUCGAAAUGGGCAAGAAUACCGCGACAGGCGCCGGGGACAUUAUCAUCGCGUCGGUACAGACAUUAGCGCGCGGGCGCGUUUACAAGUUCGACCCUAGCGCAUUCAAGCUCGUAUUAGUGGAUGAAGCACAUCACAUUGUUGCAAGGUCAUACCUCGAUGUUUUGGGACACUUUGGGCUGAAUGAGCAAUCGGCAAAUGGACCGAUAUUGGUUGGAGUCUCUGCUACUUUCUCACGGUUUGAUGGUCUCAAGUUGGGUGCGGCUAUUGACCACAUCGUCUAUCACAAAGACUAUGUGGAUAUGAUACGUGACAACUGGUUGGCAAACGCUGUCUUUACGACUGUCAAGUCUGGGGCCAAUUUGUCUAAAGUAAAGAAAGAUAGUUUCGGCGACUUUGCUUUGGGGUCGCUUUCUGAGGCUGUCAAUACUGCAACUAUCAACAGUAUCACCGUUCGUGCUUGGAUGGCGAAUGCUGAAGAGCGAAAGUCUACUUUGGUCUUCUGUGUUGACAUUGAGCACGCACGCCAGCUUACUGCUGCCUUCCGGGGCCAUGGUGUUGAUGCGCGGUAUAUUACUGCCGGCACAGCCAAAGGCAAGCGCGCAGAGGAGUUGCGGGCUUUCAAAGAUCAAGAGUUUCCGGUCUUGUUGAACUGCGGUCUCUUCACAGAGGGCACAGAUAUCCCGAACAUUGACUGCGUGCUUCUGGCUCGACCGACCAGAUCUCGAAACUUGCUCAUCCAAAUGAUCGGCCGUGGACUGCGACUGUUCCCUGGAAAAAAGGAUUGCCAUAUAAUAGAUAUGGUAGCCUCCCUGGCAACUGGCGUCUUAUCUUCGCCGACUCUAUUCGGCUUAGAUCCCGAUGAAGUCCUGGAUAACUCCAGCAUGGAAGAUAUACAGGAGAAAUUGAAUAAGCCCGCAGAGCAAGCACCCAGUUCUGAUAUAGCCGAGCCAUACGACGGAGCAGACAACGACAUGAAACUUCAAUUCACAACAUACGAUAGCAUAUACGAUCUCCUCGGAGACAUGCAAUCCGAGCGACACAUCAGGUCACUCAGCCCGCACUCGUGGGUCCGAGUCGGCGACGACAGAUACAUGCUUUCCGAUGCAUCAGGUUGGAUGACCAUCGAAAAAGACAACGACCUGUUCACCGCCCACCACGUCAUGAAAUUCAAAGACCCUGUAACGGAAGUCAUGCAAUACACGCGCCCGCGCAAGGUUGCUUCCGGCUCUGAUUUGGAGACCAUCGUGAGGUCGGCAGACACGUUUGCCAAUAGCAAAUUCGAUCAACACUAUAUCUGCACGCGAAAACCCUGGCGUCGGGCUGCGGCCACGCCUGGUCAGAUCAAGAUGUUGAAUGCAGCUCGUAUUCGGGACCGUGCUGUGAACGGACAGGAUUUGACUCGGGGACAGGCUGCUGAUAUGAUCACGAAGUUGAAAUAUGGGGGUAAGAAACGCUUCAAGGAUUUGGAGGCGGUCAAGAGGAAGCAGCUGCGCCGAGUGGAUGAUAUGGAUAAGCUGCAGAGGAGAGUUGAUGUCAAGGUUGGGCCUGUAGAUGCUUGA